CGUUUAUUUUAUAUCGAAUUUAAUAGGAAAUCAUCAAUCAAUACGUAAGAAUAUCAGUAAAAUAAAAAAAUUAUAUAUAAUUAAUGGAAAAUCCUAAGGAUGUGAAAAAAUUAAAAUGGCCUAUUGUAAAUCGUUUAAUAGACAUAAUAGUUAUAAAUAUAAAAGAAGCCUCUUCUUUGCAUUUUCCUUCAAUUUUAGUACAAAUAUUGAGUAGUAAUGGUGUUCCAGUGGAAUAAAAGUGCUUUAGUUACGGGAGCACUUGGUGGAAUUGGUAGGGCAAUUUGUGAAGAAUUCCUCAAGAAAGGAAUUCAAAAUCUUGCCGUACUAGACAUUAAAACUAAAGAACCUAAUUUAGUGAAAAACUGGAGACAGAAAUAUCCAAAUGCAACCAUUAUGUACUUUUGUGUAGAUGUUAGUUGUGAGGAAGAACUUCAACAUUAUUUCACGAUUUUUGCAAAAAGCGUCAAACAUUUGGAUAUUGUUGUGAAUUGCGCGGGAAUUUUAAACGAGAGCACCCCGAGAAAGAUGGUAGAAGUGAAUCUAUGUGGAACAAUUACAACAACUCUUUUAGCCAUGGAGCACAUGAGGGUGGACAAGGGAAAAGGUAAUGGUGGUGUUGUAGUCAACAUUUCCUCAACAGCAGGGAUCUAUCAAACGAGUUCUCUACCAACGUACAGCGCUACAAAGCACGCCAUUGUUGUCUUUACGCGAUCUCUAGCAUACGGACGUGAAAAUAAGGGAAUACGCUUCCUUACCCUUUGUCCAGGAGGUACAAUGACACCACUUCUAUUGUCAGUAAAAAUUUUUCAAAUGAAAACAUUGGCUCUGCUGAAGAUGUGGAAAAACUUCAAAGUACAGAGUUCGAAGAGUGUUGCAAAAGCCGUGGUGAAGAUCAUUGAGAACGGUCAGAAUGGAAGUGUCUGGAUUGUUAAAAAUGAUAAAUUAGAUGAACACAUUGGACCACCGAUACUACAUUAAUCUUUAACCUUCUAUUGCUAAAUCUGAGUGACUACGUAGGAUAAGAAAAAAUGAUUAUUUAAAGAUUUAUUAAUUAAAUAUCUAAAGAAUUUAAUAGGAAAAAAUUCGUAAUAAAAAAUAAGCCUAAAACUAAGAGGAAAGUCGUCAUAGAAAAUACUAGAAUUUUUAUAUAAAAAUUUUAAUUAUGAUUAACAAAAGCCCCCAUGUGGAAAUUCUCAUUACAUACAGAAUAUUUUCCAGCAUUAGUUGAAAAAAAAUCUCAUGAGAAAAUCUGACAUUCUUCUGUAGUUUUUUCAUCGACUUCCACACAGUUUAAAGAAUAGAGAGAGAAAAAAAUUUGCAUCUCUCUGUUUUCAAUUAAUUUCAUAUUAAAUUUUUUCUUUGAUGCAAACCAGUGGCAAAUGAGAAAUAGGAGAAAAUAAGAAAAUUUAAAAUUAAUGUAAAUUCUCAAGAAUGUUACUUUUUUGGAAAGAUAUUAGCCUGAAGAAUUAUUUGUGAACAAUUAUUUCAUCAUUAGGAUAUUAAAAAAGCAAUUCUCAAAGUUUUGUUAUGGUGUAUUGAGUACAUGACCUGGUGACAUGAAUUUAUAAUUUUCACUUUGUACAUAAAUUCAAACAUUGAGCUUUACUUUUACAUUGUACACAAACAGUAAUUUACAUGAGAUUUAAGAAAAUGGAUCUCUGCGAGUGAAGUAAAAGCUGAUGCAUGUGAAAUGUUUGACGAGAAGAAACGACACAUCUUGUGUUUCUUUGAAUUUUGAACAUAUUCCUCACAAGCGAAUCAUCAUGAGCUACAGAAGAAGUCAAAGUGUGAUUUGCAAGUAGUGUCAAUAUGUAAUUUUGUACUCAAUUAUCUUUCACGUUAUUUUACAUUUACUUAUACAUAUAUUUUCCAUCGUCGUGAUUAUUUUCCCCUCUUGCAAUUGCUCCUCAUGAUUUGCCCAGUCAACCUCAAGUAUCUCUGGCUUAACGAGAAAAAGAAGUGGAAUAAACCAGCAAAAAAAAAUAAAAUCGUUUAAUAUUCAUAAAUUG